AGAAUCAAAGAAUUGAGAACAAAAAUGCAAAAGAUCUUGGUGACGAAACAUGUGUUAGGUUCGACACAUUGAUCAAAAGUGGUUCAUAGCGGAACCACAUUUGAACGUAAAUCACCUUGAGAAGCCUAACUCCAGCCAAACGCAGGCAUAGAAGCACGUUUCCACGUGGCGAUUGUUGGUAAAUCUAACCAGGUGACCCUAGCAUGCGACGCGAUGAUUUCGAAGUGCCGCCAUUUGACAAUUUCCCUCCCUGUUUAUAUAAAAACGCUCAUUUCCCUUUCCUAACAUGGAACAUACUCGCGUCAAUUCCCUCCCCUUCCGUUCGAUGUUCAUUUUCUCCAUUCUCUCCUCAGAUCUACUUUCUCUGCAUCGCAUCCAUGCCUUCUCAUUCUCGCAUCCUCAAUUACCGCCAUCGCUCUCUCCCUCUCCACCUCUCUCGCCGCAAACGCCUCUCUCUCCCUCCAACCACUUCCCUCGUCUACUCUCCCCGUUCCCGCUUCGAUUGCGCUAGUCUCGAGUUACAUCCGUUGAUUAUUCCGCACAAUGAAUGCUGCGUUCUACGCAAUGUAGCUCCUACAAAAGCCUUCGACGAUGAUUCAUUUGACAUACCAAUGCUUGAUGAUUGGAAUGCUGAUGAUAGUUCUUCUGCAUAUAAGCUCUCUUCCAGUGACGGGGAAGACAGUGAUGGCGAAAUUUUUCUUACUCCAGUGAAUGAUCUUGAUUUGCCUUCUGUUUCUGCAUCAAAUAAUGAUGCCCUAACAGUGGCUGCUCAUCGGUUUGCAAACCUUGGGAGGGGACGCAAGAAAUCUAGGACCAAACUUGGUAUUUUCAUCACUCUGGGGCUUAUAAUCGUCUUGACAUUACUGCUUUUGUAUGUGGAUUGGUGUGCAUGGAGAAUUGUUAGACUUCCCUUGUCACCUUUUUACUUGACCCGCCCAUUUCUCAUAUCAGCCAUUUUAGCUUCUUUUGCUGGCUAUGUUUGUGUCCCAAUUUUUCGUCAUUUUAAAAUUAUCCAUGUAAUCAAGAAACAAGGACCUGCUAGACAUCACAUGAAAAAGACGGCACCCACAUUGGGUGGUUUGCUUUUUAUACCUAUUGGUGUAGUUGUUGCUCAUGUCUUUGCUGGUUCCUCAUCUAUAGAAGUGUCUGGGGCAGCUGGAGCAACCAUUGCAUUUGCUGCAGUUGGUUUACUUAGUGAUAUAUUAAGCCUCACCAAAAAUCAUUGGAGAGCUUUGCCUGCAUUGACAGAAGUUCUCUUGGAGGUAGCUGUUGGAACAUGGUUUUCGUUUUGGUUGGACAUCACCAGUAUAUCUUCACCCUAUGGCAUGAAGAUGCUGGUUCCUCUACCUCUGGGCAUUGUGUACUUGGGACGAUGUUACCAACUCUUGACUUCAUUUUGUUUUGUUUCCAUGGGGCAUGGUGUUAAGUUAGCAGAUGCUCUUGAUGGACUAGCUGGAGGUAUUGCUGCGUUGGCAUUUACCGGAAUGUCAAUAGCUGUUCUUCCAAUUUGUUCUGAUCUUGCUAUAUUUGGAGCUUCAAUGGCUGGAUCUUGUGUUGGAUUUCUUCUACACAACAGAUACAAAGCAUCUGUAUUUAUGGGUAAUAUUGGAUCUUUGGCACUUGGUGGUGCAUUAGCUGCAAUGGCUGCAUGUACUGGAAUGUUCUUCCCGCUACUCAUUUCUUCUGGAAUCUUCAUUGUUGAGUCAUUAUCAGUUAUCAUUCAGGUUUUGUACUUCAAGAUGACUAAGGGCUUCCAGGGAGCAUGGUGGUGGCGCUUUUUGAGAAUCCCUCCCUUUCAUUACGGGCUCCAGUUACGUGGGUUCAGAGAACCAAAUAUUGUAUUGGGAGCUUAUAUUAUAUCAUCUGUUUUGGCUUUGCUUGGCGGCUAUGUGGGUCUUGUUUCAGCAUAACAUUUUGAUAUGGAUCGGUAAACAAAUGAAAUGACACGACUAAACAGUUUCGAGGACUGGCCUCCUAACCAAAUGGGGAAAAAGUGAAAUCAGAAAAUUGCAAUCCAUCCCUCCGGUUUCAAAAUGCAUCACACCAUUUUAACGCUAGUUUGUUAUCAUCUGUUACAAAUGCCGAAACUACUGCAUUGCAUGAACAAUAUUCCUAUCGGCCUUAUACCACUGUUACAAAUUAUUUUACCAAAUGUCAAAUCUCCUUUACCGUCUGUGGUCCUUGUAUUUGAGCGUCCUCGUUUACUUUUCUUUUUCUCA